AUGAGUUCUGGCUCUGUGACCCAACCUGGGAGCCCCAGGUCAGCAGACAUUCCCAGGAAGAGGGAAGGAAACCCACAAGGCUGGGGGCAGGCCCUGACUCACGGGAAUGAGGACACAACACUUGUUGCCAACCUGCAGUCACCCCGAGAGUGCCUUGCCCUGGCCAAGUGGGUGUCUGCGGCCUCUCACAAGAACUCAUUAUCCAGCCCCUCACCCUCUGUCACCUCCCCCUUCAGUAAUAAACCCUGGGUCUUGGCAUUUGUUCUCUGCUGCUGUCUUUACAGUAUAGCUGGGCAACAGCAGUACAUCAGGAGCAUCUAUUAA